AAAGAGUCGCGUCGCGGCUGGAAAAGGCACACUCAGUCACAAGUCUUCCGUGUGGAAACAUCAAAAAAAUCUAAGCAAAAUGAACAAAUUCGCAGUGCUAUUCGCCGUCACUAUGGUCACUUUGGUUGCAGCCGAAGCACCAUUGCCAUACAACUAUAACCGUCCAUCGUCUGGCGGUUUCAGUGGCAGCAGUGGUGGCAGCGGUUUCGGAAGCAGCGGUUUCGGUGGAAGCUCAUUCGGUGGUAGCAGCGGUGGUGGUUACCAAUCAAACGAAGGUGCUAACGUCGAUCCACAAUUGUUGGAACAAGUUCGUCAAAUUUUGUUGCGUGAAGAAAGCCAAUCAUCAUCAGCUUCAGCUCCAAGCUCCCAAUACGGUGCACCUGCAGCACAAUAUGGUGUCCCAUCAGCACCAGCUGCCCGUGUUGUUGCCAUCCAACUUGAAAACACAAUCCCAUCAAUUCAAGUAGCAAGCUUCAGCCAACAAUCAUCUGCCCCAGCAUCGUCAGGAUACUCAUACUCUGCACCAGCUGCAGCUCCAGCUCCAGUUUACUCAGCUCCAGCACCAUCAUACUCACUUCCAUCAGCAGGUCCAGCUCCAAGCUUCUCAGCUCCAUCACAAUCGUAUGGUACACCUUCACAAUCAUACAGUAGCCCAUCAGCUCCAAGUGGUUCAUACGGUGCUCCUCCAGCCGCUCCAAGCGGUUCAUACGGAGCUCCAUACUAAGGAGUUUGAUCCGUAGUCAAAUAACCAAUUUGUGAAAUUAGGAACAAAUUUUUCAUUAGAAAAAAAAAGAAGAAGAAAAAACUCAAAAUAAUAGACCAACCAACUAUUUAAAUUCAUAGUUCACAAACGAAAUUAAGAAAAAUUGACACAUUCAUACACACCAAAACUGACUACGAAUUCGCAAAAAUUUAAACGGACUGGAAAUAUUGCAAAGGAAAUACAAUGUAAACGGAACAUCAAAUCGUCAAAUAAACACUUAACGGACAUUCCAGAAAAAACAAUAAUCAUCUGAAAUAUGCACACAAAUAUACGGGUUGAGAUGAUCAAUGAAAUCUUUCAAAUGACUGGUUUCUAGCAAAAAGCAAUAGAACCGGCAAAACAUCGUCGACAUUGAGUGAAAUAUGGAGUCCUGCUGUGUUUAUUUGAGCGAAGAAGAAGAAAACAACAACACCACCAACAACAUCUAACUAAAAUUGAAUCCUCUAAUUGGCAAAUCCAUCAAAUGAUUGAAAAGCCGAUGUUGAUGAAUACACCACCACCAUCAUCAAUUCAACACUGCUACUUUCGAACAUAUUGAUGGCGAAAUCAGCGCUGUUCACAUGGAAUAAUUGUUAUUUUCUUUAACAAUUUGUAAAUAUAUCAUUUUUAUACUUUUUUUUUUUUGAUUGUUAGUUAAUAAGUGUUUUAUGAAUUGAAGAGAAAAAAAAUAAAAUUUUGUCACCGU